AUGGCCGACGACGAUGCAAAGUCCGCCAAGGCGAGACUCAAGAGCAAAUGGCAUCGCGUCUUCAAGGACAAGGAGGAUCACAACGGCGGGGGAGAGAAUGUCGAUUCCUUGCCCGUGACCGCCGACGUCGCCGAUUUCCUCAGACCUUCUACCGAUCGAGCGCCCUCAACCUCACGAGCGCCACCUCUGGCGCCGAAGCUCGACGUUUCUAUAGCCCAGCGUUGGCCUACUGCUGAACAGAUAAGACAAGCGAGUGGAGAGGCCCCUCCUUCCCCAAAUGGAUGGCGGAAAACGCCGCGGCGAGGGGGCUUGACGGUGGGCUUUGUGAAUGCGGCGCCUGAGGUUCUUGGAGAGGGAGGCGAUGAUUGUGAAGAGCCGGUAAUUGAGGUGGGAAGGAGGAGAGCGAUGAUGCCGAGAUCUGCGUCUGAGAGAAGGGCGAUUGGGCCAGACGGAGGAUUGACUUCGGCUAUGGGGCAUGGACAGUUGAACGACAGUGGAAUGGGUGGCUUCCAAACCGUACCGCGGCGCAGGGCUAAUACCGGAUAUGAGCAUUCGCCGCCGUCGCACAUGCAGCCAGACGUGCACAAUGACGAUCAGCUCCAGCAUGUGCCCACGUUGAACAGAGCCCCCACCGGACCCCCUCUGCGAGGAGGAAUCGACCGCGACCUUGGCGGUGUUGAUGAUCAGCGAUACGACAAUCAGUUUCCGGGAUUCGAGCGCGACUCUGACUUGCAGCCAGCGAGUCCUCGAGACCCCGAAGCCAUUGCUGCACGCAAGCGCGAAUUGCGGGCGGGAGAAGGCCUGAUCUUCCGGCGUGCGAGUGCCAUGUUGAAGGACCAAGACGGAGACGAUGAAGAGGGACGACAGAACGUUGGGGUCGGCCGUCAGCCAUCUUCCGAGCACUACGACACACUGUCACGGCCUGACGCGCCUAGCCUUUUGCCCGACAUUCCUGAGCCGCGGUCUGCUCUGUCUCCGACCUCUGCCAACUCACCGGCUGGCCCGAAUCCUUUUGCGGACCCGAAAUAUGGAGAGGUGCAUGCGACGUUUGAGUCGCAACGUAAUGGCCAAUCGAUGCCGGAGCCAGCGCAAAACAAUCGGGCGAGUUUCAUCCAGACGGUCAUACCCUCGGCUUCCAUCUCUCUUGAUCCUCACGACUUCACACCAGGCCGUCAAGCAUCUACGGGAACUGCAUCCUCAUCAGGUAGGCGGACAGAAGAAGAUCGAGACCCCAUGAACGCGCCUGCCCAGGUACCUCCGCCGCAAAAUUUCGUCGCCGAACUGCCUGGAAGUCUUCCGCCACAGCAAAACGGCGAUGCCGACCAGCAAAACUACAUGAGUGUGCCGUCGUCCAACAGCCUUUCUUCGUCCCGUUUCCGAUCGAUCUCGCAGGGCAGCCAGCAUGCGCCAACAGUCAGCUCCCAAGUGUCCAGCACCAUCCCUCGAAGUCGCGAUCCUUCCCCCAUGACAUUCCAAAGCGCCCCUGCGCCAACCGCUUCAAUCCGACAGGACCAAUUGCGAACCAGCCCCAACGUUUCGAGUAGCAACCUCGCCCUUUCACCUCCACACGCAGGUCGCACAAUCUCCCGACCAAGUUCUCGAGCCUCUGGCUCUGUCCUCGCCGAUACUGCCGCCCGAGCGGGAUCUGCUGCCGCGUUGAGACUGCCAGAUCAUAUAUCCACCCCUCUGAAUGGAAGUCCCCGUUCAUCGAUUUACGCCACUCACUUGAGUUCUCCAACAUCUGGAACUCCGCCGCCUUCUGGGAAAUCAAAGUAUUUCAUGUCUCCUAUCAACAAGGCGCCGAGUCCCGCUGCUCCUUCGGAGGCGAACCCCGCGCCUUUUCGACCGGCAGCCACCACGAAUGUCGUUACUCUCAGAGGUCCGCAACACCCUAACAUCCAUUCGCAAGCGAGGUUAUCAAGUCUGUCCGUAGCUUCAGAGGACAUGUUACAGUCGCCUCCGGCUGCCGUCAGCGACUCACAAAGUCGGGCACCUCCACCGGCCACGAGCGUACCGAUCGCACGAUCUGACAACAGAGCGAGGUCCGACACGGGAGAUACGCUGGCUUCUGUACCCCGCCCAGGCAUUCUCUCGCCGCAGGUAGCAGGUCAAGGCAAUUCUGCCGUGGAUGCCGCUUACGCCGAUUUCGCUGCUCGUGUAGCACACAUGAGGGGUGUGUUCAGGCUCACGGCGGAGAGGGAGAGACCGGUGGUGCAGGGUGCGGCAGGCGUUUGGCUCCGCGUAGCCGUCUGGUGGUAUCUGCAGGGCAAAAUCGGACUGGAGCGCAUCCUGCGGCACCGUCGGGGUAAUAACGACCCGCAGCAAAUGCGCGAACUUCUCAUGCAACCUCACGUCGAUCUGGCCAAGGCGUGGUGGAUCCUAUCCGACCCGCUGGAGAUGUACGACGAUGUUGGCAAUUCCGCCUCCCGGGGAUCGUCGACGAUGAUGAAUGGCGAUGUGGCGCUAGUGCAGGCUGUCGGCUUUCUCAAGAGUCAUCUCAAGUCUCUGUCGCUGUCGAUGAGCCGGAAUAUGCUGUUGCCGCCUCCGCAGUCGCUGAUUCAAGGGCAAGACACCACAAUCUGGCUGCCGUAUCCGCGCUACUCCCAGGAUGCCACCAUUGCUAUCGGAGGUGCCAGACAGGGUCGACUCGAGCCCAUGCAAGCCCUGCCACUCGGCGACACGGGAGAGAUGCACUGCUAUGGUCGUUUCCCCGUGGAAGUGGCAGUGAGCACAGACGAUCCGCAGACCGACCGAGUGCCUAUUCCCUGCAUGUUCACCAUGCUUCGCCACAAGCAAAACUUCGGCAACACCAUCGUUGUCGCGAGUCAAAAUGAACUCGUCAACGUCCUCGUGGGGCCGUGGCUAGAAGAUCGCCGCGGGCUGACGUGGUACGACGUGGAGUGGAAGACGAGCUCCUUCGGCAUGACUAUUCGCCUGCCGAACAACUUCACCAUGACGGUGCGGAUCCAUGAGCGGGACUUCCGCACUCUGUGGAACCUUCUGCAGUACUCCCACAAAGUGGAGGACAACAUUCGGCCCGAGAAAGACGAGUUCCUCGUGCACGAGGCUGCACUGGCGGAAGUGCAGUACGAGGAUUCGUCGGGCUCGGCGGCAUUCCCGAAAGACAAGAUUGUGCAUGCGCGAGCGUACCUGUUUGAGCAGACGAGGAAGAUCCCCGACCCCAGCGGCGAUCGCAGGAUGCACCUCGGCUUUCGUCUGGUGGUGGCGGCUGAUCCGAGGAACAAGGCGCUGGCGUACAUCAGUCACGAAAUUUCCAAGGGCUCGCCGCUGUUGUUCGAGUUCAUGACGGAUUCGGCGGCAGGUGGCAUGGCCGCUAUGGUGGUGAAGAUCGUUGAGGAGGGCAGGCAGUGUCGUGCGCUUCUGGUCUUUUCGGAUGUGGAAUCCAGGCAGGCGUUGUACGAUCUGCUGAUUGGAGUGGCAAACGGUCCCGAUGAGAUGAUCGUUGGCAAGAUGAUGUUACUGGGUAUGAACGUCGAGCCUGCCACACAGACUGCGGGCGUUACGCAGGAGCCUCACCCGGCGCUCCGAGCCCUGCAAUGGCAGAAGCUGGGUGUGCACAAUGCAAUGUCGGGCAGCACCGUGCAGUCGGACUCUCUGCGAAUCGUGGCCAGACAUACAACAGGCUGCAUCACCGACCGCCUGAAUCUAGGCAAAGGCGAACUUCUCAUCCGCCUGCCAUGCACCGACACACGCACCCCCGCAAUCCAAAUCUUCCGCUACCCACAGGAAGACUGCACGGUUGCAGUCGACGUUCGCAACUGCCCAGCCAGCGAAACCAGCAUCGCCGACUUGACGCACCUCGUGCAACAGCAACCCACCAUCCGCACCUUCACCUUCGCCACCUCGGAAGACCUGCACGCCUUCCAAACCGCCAUCACAGGCUGCCAAGUGCGGUACGACGGCGUCGCGGCGAAUCUCAGCAUCGCGCGCCGCAGAAUGGUCGUCCCUGGCUUCUCGAAGAAGUGGGAGGCGAGCAAUGUGCGUUUGCAGAUCGUUUCAUACGACGUCGUGUUUCAGAUUCUGGCGUUUAUGGAAGACUUCGGACAUGCGGAUGCGUUGUGCUUCCGCGUCAGGAGUACGGAUACGUUCGAGGUUGUCAAGGGGGAUGGCAAGGGGAAGAAGUGGGGGAUCAAAUUGGUGGAGGCGAAGUUCUCGUUGCCGAAAGAUGGGGAGGGUCGUGAUGAGGGGAAGGGCGGUGAUGCUGCUCUUGGUGCUGGAGUGUUGGAGAGAGUGAAGAGGCGCUUUGUCAAUUUGGAGGGUAUGGAGUAUGCGGAGGAGCAUGAUGAUGUUACUAUUGGCUUUGAAAGCCAGGAAGAUCGCGACAGGUUUGCUCAAGCACUGCCUGCGGCUACGACGGUUGCACGGGGCAUUACGUUGAAACGGCGGAUUUGA